AUACGCCAAUUCCAGUUCAGGUUCUACUUGUAUUUUCUCUUCUGAUCUUGUUUUUCAACUGCCUGAGAGUGAGAUCCUCCCAUAUUCAUCCUUCUGUUUCUGACUUAUUUCACUUAACAUGAAUUUUUCAAGGAAGACCUCAUGCUUUACCCACUGCGCCACUUUAGGCCCUGCUCUUCUGUAGGUAUGAAUGCAGAGUCUGCCACCUGCUAGUCAAUAAGUAUACCGAUAGCAGGUGCAAGGUUUAUUGGUAGGCCGCCGCAAGCCCGGAACCUUUUAUCUAAGGUCCCGGGUGCGGAGUAUCAUCUGGAACCACGUAGGGGCAUGCCGGGAGCUCGGGUUAGUCUCCAGGCUGCGGUUUCCGGGCGAGUACCAGGGAAAUGAAUUCCCGAGAGGACUAGAAAUUGAACACCGUGUUCCCUGAAAGUGAACUGGGAGCCCUCGAUUCGUGGGAAAUGUUGCCCAGGAGAAUACCCGCUACCCUUAGGCGGAGCUACAGCAGCAGAUCAGGCCAUAAGGGAGGGGAGGCUUGCCGGGAAGUGUGGGCGGUCGAGGCUGCAAUGCUGGCCGGAAGUGCCCCUCCGGUGGCGGCGCAGGGUUCUCUGGGAACUGUAGUUUCUCCAGGCGUCCUGGGGCGGUGGCCUCGGACCAGGUGGCUGGUCGGGGUGGCCCCGAAAUGGCUGGACCCGGUGGCUCUGGAGUCCCGAUUGGGGCCGGGGCGCUGGCUGGUGGCGCGCGGUCCAAGGUAGCCCCGAGCGUAGACUUUGACCACAGCUGCUCGGACAGUGUCGAGUACCUGACGCUCAACUUUGGGCCCUUCGAGACUGUGCAUCGCUGGAGGCGCCUCCCGCCCUGCGACGAGUUCGUGGGGGCCCGGCGUAGCAAGCACACUGUGGUGGCAUAUAAAGACGCAAUUUACGUCUUUGGUGGCGAUAAUGGGAAGACGAUGCUCAAUGAUCUCCUGCGGUUUGAUGUGAAGGACUGCUCCUGGUGCAGGGCCUUCACCACCGGGACCCCACCAGCCCCUCGCUACCACCACUCGGCUGUUGUCUAUGGGAGCAGCAUGUUUGUCUUUGGGGGCUACACCGGAGACAUUUAUUCCAACUCCAACUUGAAGAAUAAAAAUGACCUCUUUGAAUACAAGUUUGCGACUGGCCAGUGGACUGAGUGGAAAAUUGAAGGCCGGUUGCCAGUUGCCAGGUCAGCCCAUGGUGCCACAGUGUACAGUGACAAGCUAUGGAUCUUUGCAGGCUAUGAUGGCAAUGCCAGGUUGAACGACAUGUGGACCAUUGGCCUCCAGGACCGGGAGCUCACCUGCUGGGAGGAGGUGGCCCAGAGUGGGGAGAUACCUCCAUCCUGCUGCAACUUCCCUGUGGCCGUGUGCCGGGACAAGAUGUUUGUGUUCUCAGGCCAGAGUGGAGCGAAGAUAACCAACAACCUCUUCCAGUUUGAAUUUAAAGACAAGACGUGGACACGCAUCCCCACGGAACAUCUGCUCCGGGGCUCCCCGCCACCCCCCCAGCGGCGUUAUGGGCACACUAUGGUAGCCUUUGAUCGCCACCUCUAUGUGUUUGGUGGUGCAGCUGACAACACACUGCCCAACGAGCUGCAUUGCUACGAUGUGGACUUCCAAACCUGGGAGGUUGUCCAGCCCAGCUCUGACAGUGAGGUUGGUGGGGCCGAGGUGCCAGAGCGAGUGUCUGCUUCUGAGGAGGUGCCUGCCCUGGCCUCUGAGGAGCGGGGCAGCUUCAAGAAGUCUCGAGAUGUAUUCGGCCUGGACUUUGGCACCACCACAGCCAAGCAGCCUGCCCCGCCAGCCUCAGAGCUGCCCAGUGGGAGGCUCUUCCACGCAGCUGCUGUGAUCUCAGAUGCCAUGUAUAUCUUCGGGGGCACAGUGGACAACAACAUCCGGAGCGGGGAGAUGUACAGGUUCCAGUUCUCCUGUUACCCCAAGUGCACGCUGCAUGAAGACUAUGGGCGGCUGUGGGAGAGUCGCCAGUUCUGUGACGUGGAGUUCGUGCUGGGUGAGAAGGAGGAAUGUGUGCAGGGCCACAUGGCCAUUGUCACAGCUCGAAGCCGCUGGCUCCGCAGGAAGAUCGUGCAGGCGCGGGAGCGGCUGGCCCAGAAGCCUGAGGAGGAGGCAAGCCUGGCCCCCAGGGAGGUAUCCAGUGCAGCUGUUGGUGGGGUCCAGCUGCCCCUGCUUCGAGUAGCCAUCCGUGAGGCCGAAGCCCGGCCCUUUGAGGUGCUCAUGCAGUUUCUCUACACUGACAAGAUCAAAUACCCAAGGAAAGGCCACGUGGAAGACGUGCUGCUCAUCAUGGACGUGUACAAAUUGGCCCUGAGCUUUCACCUGUGCCGCCUGGAGCAGCUGUGUCGGCAGUACAUCGAGGCCUCUGUGGACCUGCAGAACGUGCUGGUUGUGUGUGAGAGUGCCGCCAGGCUGCAGCUGGGCCAGCUCAAGGAACACUGCCUAAACUUCGUGGUAAAGGAGUCCCACUUCAACCAGGUGAUCAUGAUGAAGGAGUUUGAGCGCCUUUCGUCCCCACUGAUCGUGGAGAUUGUACGCCGAAAGCAGCAGCCCCCCUCUCGGGCCCCCUCAGACCAGCCUGUGGACAUUGGCACAUCUCUGAUCCAGGACAUGAAAGCUUACCUGGAAGGAGCUGGCUCAGAGUUCUGUGACAUCACGUUACUGCUGGACGGGCACCCACGGCCAGCCCACAAGGCCAUCCUGGCUGCUCGGUCCAGCUACUUUGAGGCCAUGUUCCGGUCCUUCAUGCCUGAGGAUGGGCAGGUGAACAUCUCCAUCGGAGAGAUGGUGCCCAGCAGGCAGGCCUUCGAGUCUAUGCUGCGCUACAUCUACUACGGUGAAGUCAACAUGCCACCGGAGGAUUCCCUUUACCUGUUCGCGGCCCCCUACUACUACGGCUUCUACAACAAUCGACUCCAGGCCUACUGCAAACAGAACCUGGAGAUGAACGUGACAGUGCAGAAUGUGCUGCAGAUCCUGGAGGCAGCAGACAAGACACAGGCUCUGGACAUGAAGCGGCACUGCCUGCACAUCAUCGUGCACCAGUUCACCAAGGUCUCCAAGCUGCCCACACUGCGCCUGCUGAGCCAGCAGCUUCUGCUUGACAUCAUAGAAUCCCUGGCCUCCCACAUCUCCGACAAGCAGUGUGCAGAGCUGGGUGCCGACAUCUGAGGGCACAGGUGCUACCGACCCAUGUGUGGAUAAUGCCUGCCCCUGGCCCUGCCCACCACAAAGACUGCAUCAACCAUGCUUGUGCCUGCAGUGGAGUGGUUGGACCUGCCAGCCAAGGGCCAGAAUGCCCAGAAUCUCAGAAGGGAGCUGAGGGGACCUAGGGGGUUCCAAAUGCCACCUCAUAGCUGAGGGCCCAGAUCCAACGGAGUGUCGAUGAUGAAGUGGGCCCCCUGACUGGCACCCUCCUGGGAUGGAGGUUAGAGUGGAAACAGCAGGAGGCAGGGUCCUGGCUGUGCCCCAGCAGUGGGGAGACAGCAACAACAGAGACAGACCUGCCAGGGAUGGACACACAUUAAGGCAAGGCUGCAUGCCAUCCUCCUCACCCUUGCCAGAGGUGUAUGGGCAGCAGUGAUGAACAGAGUCUGACUUGAGAUGAAUUCCGAGUUUGAAGGGCCCCGAGGUUAGCUCCCACACAAUCAUACUGGGCUAAGCCUGGCUUCCAGGGCGUCCCACCCAUCCAUGUGCAUAUGAGACCCAGAGGGGACUAUGAAGUCAGGGAGAUGCUCCCCAGGUCCCCACCUGUCCUUGAGUAUUUAUUGUCAUAGACAUACCUCCAUUAAAGUCAACACAGUACUACCUAUCA